UACUUACUUUCAUGUCAUUCAAGACUCUUACUUUCUCUGUGGAACAAACACACACACACACACACACACACACACACACACACACACACACACGAACACGCACACACACACACACACACACACACACAAUUACAUUUAAAUGAAAAAAGAGAGAGUCAUACAGGUUUUGGUAUUAUGCCAACAAAAUUCGUUACAGCAUCAGGCCCCAAAUGUGUAUGUGAACAAGGGGAAAAAUGUUUCAUGUUUGUACAAGGUCAUUUAAAAACUUGAAAAAUGUAUCAUGUUUAGACACUAAAAAACAUUUCAGGAUUCUGCCUUUGUUUAACCUCUGAACCUGAAUUAUUAUGGAACAGGCGACCUGGGAGUUUGCAAUGCCACAUGAACAGGUGAAUCAGAAAAAUGAGUCACACACAUAUAACAUAAUGGAUUCCCGGCACCACAAGCCCUUCUUUCAAAGAGACUGUUUUCAUUGUUCCCAUGACAACUUAAAAAAAAAAAAAAAAAAAAAAAAGAUAAGAUGAAAAUUCAUCGGGCUCCUAUUUAGCAUGGCUGUUUCUAUAGCAACAGGAAGAGAGAGGAUGAGUAAGCGGCAGGAGCUACGAGUGUGUGAGAAUGAAUGUGUGUGUAAGAAAUAAAGACAGAGUAAUUAUUGUAAUUAAUUAUUUUUGUGACAUAUCAGAAUGAUCUAUCUGUUCUUCCUCUAAAUCCUAACCUUCACCCCAUACACACACUUUAUCACAAUUGUGUCCCCUCCAUUGGGCAUAUAACUCUCCUUGACUUCCCAGCGUUUCUGUCUGUGUGUCUUUGCACCUCCUCCCCCCUCCACUGUGGAUUUCCUCUCAGACAGGGAGCGUGUGGUGUGUAAUCAGAUGGCAACGAAUGAUAAUCCAGCAAUAUACCUACUCUGUCUGUCCUGUUCACUUAGAGCUGAGCGAGAGAGCAAGAGUGGAGGAGAGGAAAGAAGUGAAGGAGGCGGGAGCCGUCUGGGCAGAGGGGAAGGAGACGAGAGGGGGAAGUGGGAGUAGAUAUUUCAAUAUGGAGGAAAGUCAACGACCUAUAUCUGAGAUCUACCUCCCAAGCAUCAGUCUUGGAUCUGUGGACACUGAAACAGUGGAGGAGCAUGAGCUGCCAAUUAUUUCUUUAUCCAAAAGCUCAACAGAAAUGGUGAGUGGACCUCCUCAACGAACGGAGCUGGCAUGGUACAGUCAGAACUUGCGAAAGAGCAUGAGCAGUGCAGCAUGUACUCAAAGACCUGUCAGUCUGGGUGGACCCUCGACGGAAUUCCCUGUGAAUGUUUGUGACCAAGAACAGUGGAGCAUGUGCAGUGGCAACAGUACCCCUGAGACUGUAAUCUGGCAUGGAGGAACUGCAAGAUCCUGGAGCUUCAUGGAGGACUCACCCAGAAGGACUCCAACGCAAGAUCCACUCCUGGGGCAAAAUCAGGUCCAUAGUGGUGUGAAGUGUGUGCCACACUCACCAUCCACAAAUAGGGAUUUAAGAAUGAAGGGUCUGGUGUGCAGAGAGGGAUGUUGUCAAUGUUGCAGACCUGCAGAGAACCUGACAGGAUGCAGCUGUUGCAGAGCGCCUUGUAGAAUGAGUUCUUCGGGUCUUAGCAACAACUUCACAACACAAGGAGCGAAUACAGAAGAUCAUGCUCAGAGCAACUGUGAAAGCCACCAUUUAACUGCAUGCCAUAGAUCUACCUUUUCUGGACAUAUGAUAAGCACUGCCUGUUUGAGGAAUACUUGCAGUGUUGUUCCAUGCCCUGGGCAUUUUAUAUCACGGCCACCUUGUGAAGGAAGCCCUUGUGUGGGACAAAGAUCACUGUUCCAUUCAGGCUUGCUUGGUUUUCCACCACUUGUGACCUCAGUCAGCGAGACCAGACUUGACAGCCGGAGUAAGGGCCAUUGCUGUGGAUCCGAGUUAAGAGGGCAGAACUCUUCCUGCCUUAGACUAGACAGAACAGGCCAAACUGGCUUUAACAGGACAGUCAAAGAUGCCACUACUAUGACAUCUGAGCAUGAGCUCAGAGAUGUUGGUGUGCAGACUGUGUCUGAUUCCCUUGCUUCCACUCUUUCUCAUGUAUUACCUGAAAUUAGUUUGAGAGUGGAUCCUGUCUUGGACACACCUUUGGCCGCGGAACACAUGUGUCACAGGACCCCUGUGAAGGAGGUGGAAUGGGAUGCUGAGGGUAUGACCUGGGAAGUGUAUGGUGCAGCCGUGGACCCUGAAGAGCUUGGCCUAGCAAUCCAAAGGCAUCUAGAACUUCAGAUCAAAGAGACUGCAGCUGCUGCAGCUCAAACGGAAGACUCCACGGACAAUGUCAGCAGCCUGGCACUGCAGCCCAGGCGACGGAAGAAGAGCGAAGGCAUUAUAAAAACACUGCGCAGUUCAGCGUGUUGCUCUAACGUCAGUACUGUCGGAGACUAAAGUGAUCAGUGAAGGGCCGGAGCUUGUCUUUUCAGUAUGUGGAUGUCUAGAAAACGCAUGACAGAAAGGAACAGGCUUUUACUUGAAGGUAGAAAUGGAUUGAAAAUAGCUCUUUGCAUAUAUAUUUAUUUAUUUAUUUAGUGAUUCACACUACUGAAUCAGUAGAGCAGUGAUGUUUGGAGUUACAUUGCAAGCUAGCGUUGCAUAGAGCUGCCAUUCAAAGUUUACAUAUAAUGGUGUGUUUCUACCUACCUUCACACAUGGUCUUGUCCCUGUCUUGACCUCCAUCUUUUAGAUGCCCAAUUUGGCUUGAAAUACCAAGCACUGAGUAUUGUAUUUUUUAUGCUUAUUAUAGGCUAAAAAUGUCUGGUUGUACUUGUUGGGUUUUGUCAAGCAAACAACAGAUUACUGAACAUUAUCUAGGGAUACAUUAAAAUUAGUGCAACUCUUGGAAAUCCUGAAGUGCUCCCUGGAGCAGAUCUGAAGACUAGUUCUAGUCAGUCUAUGUGCUAGCCCUCAAAUUAUAGUGGAUUUCGAUUUCUUUGUUUUCUGUUCUCACAGAUCCAUGAUGUUAAACGCUUUAUAGUCAAUCAUAUUCCACCAACACUAAAUGGCAGAAAUUUCAGUAAAACUUUUUGUCAGUUAUUUCUUGCCAGAUUCUAUGGCUAUAGAAACAUAAUUUACAAACAACUAUCAAUUUACUACUAUGUUAUUACUGAAUUCACUGAUCUUGAUGCAAAUGGUGAUUGGUCCACCUGGUGGAUUAGAGUGGGCUCAAGGCCAAAAUCAAUCCAGAGAGCUAAAAAUAUGAAUGCUCAUGCGGUCUGUGGGUGUGUAAAGCUAGGUUCUUAUCAGGGCUACUGAUGAUUAGCAAAUAUAGACACAAGGUCAAUGUUCCUGCACUUAUAUAGUACAUUAUUAGCUAAAACUAAGCCCCAGUCCCGAUUCUAUGCACAGGGGCAGUCUCAAUCAAAUCAAAAAGUAAAACAUGUACACUUUGAUUCUGGUGCCAAAAUCUGACCUGAAAAAAAAAGCAGAAUCUCUCCACUAUUUUCAUGUCACAAUAUAAAAACGAAGAAUAUUUUGUGGUUGCAUUCUGUUCAGAAACAGUGUGAGGGCAAAGACAAUUAUGGCCAUUUUCACAUGAUUUUACAUAUUCAUAAAUCUUUUUUGUUAUAUAAUUUCAUUAAUAUUUAUAGUUUGUUCAUUAAAUUUUAAAAUAUUAAAGUUCAAAUGGUUCAUAUGACAAUCAAUUUUUUAUAUAUAUAUCAGGAUCACGUGCUAUAUCAUGACUAUAUCUUAUACAGAAUCAGUCAUGUUUUUUUAAAGUUAGGGAUUGUAUUUAGAGCAAUCUCUGUCAAUAAUGUUAAGAUUAAAUUCAUUUAAACAGCAUAUUAUAGGUAAGUAAAUGUGUAUACAGAAUCUCUGACCAAAUCAACAAAAGCCUGUACUGUGCUGCACAAACUGCUUUUGUUUUUCUUUGCCAAAGCAAUCUGAUUUCUUUUCUUUUUUUUUUUUUCUUUUUUUUUGGACCACAGCAUUGUGAUUAAACAUAAUAUAGAUAUUACUGGAUCAACACCUUACAGUAUGAUGAAAACAAGCUUUAUGUAGGCUUUACACUAAUGUGUUUUGAUAUUGACAACACUGAAUGUCUUGAAAUGUAUGAGCAACAAUAAA